AUGGGAAAACAUUUCGGUGAAUUGGCGUUUAUUCGUGGUAUAAUCUACUACUCCUUGUCACCCCAUGAGAUGAAACCCUAUGCGGGAGCAUUUAAGGAUGGCAUACCCAACUUUAUUACCCGAGGUCUCAACAGAUGUUGGACGUGGUUUCCUCCAUUCGCAUUAGGUUAUCUCACGUAUACUGGUGUUGAGUCGUCUUACAAGGCACGCCAAAGGAAAAAUCCAGAUGACUACAUUAACGAGGUUGAUCCGAACGCUUAA